AUGGAGAACACCACCUACUACCUCUGGGCCCUCCAGAACUUUGUGGUGGACGAACCUCCUCUCCAAGGAACCAACAUGCAGCAAAGCCUCACUCAGCGAGCACUGGACACGAUCCUGAGCCAAGUCAACCCCUGUGACUCCGAUGGGGACGACAUUGACCUCCAGCCGGAUUCGGACUCAGACCUGUCUUCAGAUGAUGAGACCCGUCCUCAACCAAAAAGGGCUCGUUUGGGUUCUGACCUGUCGCAGACAGCGACGGACGGAACCGCGUGGCGCGAAGAACGCGUGGGGGCGCGUCUCCCUCUCACGCCCACAGAAGCGUACGCCGCGGACGGAGAGCCGACGGCUGCGGCCAAGAGAAGCGUCUCCAGUCGCCUCGAGAGCUUCCUGAGGUUCAUCACUCUGGACAUGCUUCACAGCAUUCAACAAUGCACCGUUCAACACGCACGGCGAACGGACCACGAUUCUUGGUUCGUGGACAUCCCGGAACUUAUGGCAUUUAUCUCAAUAAUCCUCUUCCGGGGGGUCGUCAAGCUUCCAUCACUAAGUGACUACUGGUCAGCGACCCUGGGACAACCGCUGGUCACUGGCACCAUGUCACGUGACCGCUUCCAGGACAUCAUGCGACACCUGCGCUUUGACGACAGCUCCACGCGCGUGGAGCGAGCGAAGACCGACGAGUUCGCUGCAGUUUCCCACGUGUGGCGGUCGUUUGUCUCCAACUGCGUCUCCUCCUACAGCCCCGGCGCACACGUCGCCGUUGACGCGCUGCUCUUCCCGACAAAGACCCGCUGCCGUUUCCUGCAGUACGUCGCGUCGAAGCCCGAGAGGUUUGGGCUCAAGUUCUGGGUCGCCUGCGACGCGAAGUCCAAGUACAUUUGCAACGUCCUCCCGUGUCUCGGCAAAGAUCCCAGUGGUCCCAGUGCAGAUGUGGUGAUGCGUCUGAUGGAGCCGUUCCUGGACACGGGCAGAAACGUCACCACGGACAGUCGCUUCACGUCGCUGUCACUUGCGCAACGACUGCGUAGCCGCAAAACCACCAUCCUCGGCGCAGUCGACGAGAAUCACUGGGAAAUCCCUCAGUCCGCUAAACAGACGGACCGCAGACCGUUCACCACUCAGGUGUUCUCGACCAGCGGUGCCGCGCUGACGGCGUACGCGCGCACACGGAGGACGCGCGUGCACGUCCUGAGCAGCAUGCACAGCGUGGUUCACGCGGAGAACGCCCCCAAACGGAAGCCGAACACGGUCGCCCUGUACGACAGCACGAGGAGCGGCGUGGACGCGAUGGCGCAGAUGCUGCGGAACCACAGCGUCCGCGCAGCGACGCGGCGCUGGCCAGUGGCCGUGUUCUACGUCAUGAUCGACAUGGCAGCGCUGAACGCGCAUGCGCUGUAUGAAGCGUGCACCGGGAGGAAGGAGGGACGCGCGGACUUCCUGGCGGAGCUCGCCACGGAGUUGGCGAACCCGCACGUGGGUGAGAAGAGGGCGCGAAAGGAGCAGUUGCUCCGGCAACAGCCUCCCGCACCUGAACCCGGAAAAAGAGCCGUGUGUCAGGUGAAACACCGAUGCAAGGAGAACCGCACGACCAGGCGGUGCGUCGGCUGCUACAAGUACUCAUGUGGCCGAUGCAUAAAGCAGACGCCGUGGCUGUGCCAUUACUGCGAGUGACGACACAAUGGAACUCUGCUCACAAGCUUGUUUAGAUAUUCAUUUUUUGGUAUUUUUGCCAACACAUCUCUGAUGAAGACCAAAAAAAACUUUCAUUUCUUUGCGCAUUUGUGAUUUUUGUUGUGGCACAUGCCUUUGUGACCCAGUACUUGAUCUUACGUUUCUAAUUCACCUUUUGUUAUAAUAUUGUCAAACAUAAUGUGAAAAUGUUUUGUUAGUGGUUUCAUCAAUAAAUCAGACAGAAAAAUCUGAAA